AUUGAACUCAGGUGAUUGCCACGAUAACUGAUGGAAACGGCACUGCAGAUGUGGGUGACAAAGCGACUCGGAAUUACGGUUCUAAUCGUCCUCUUCCCUCUGCUGAUUGUGCAUCAUCUGAUAGUGAAUAGCCCAGUGUCAGGGCCAUCUCGAUACCAAGUCAUACAUUCUAAUCUCCUUGGUUGGUUGAGCGACUCAUUGGGAAAUUCAGUGGCUCAAAAUCCAGAUAAUACACCAGUAGAAGUGAUACCAGCAGAUGCUUCAGCUUCAAACAGCUCGGAUUCCGGAAAUUCCUCUCUUGAAGGAUUUCAGUGGUUAAAUACAUGGAAUCACAUGAAGCAGUUGACCAACAUCUCCGAUGGCCUUCCUCACGCAAAUGAGGCUAUAGACAAUGCAAGAACUGCAUGGGAAAACCUGACGAUAUCAGUUCACAAUUCAACCUCUAAACAGAUUAAGAAAGAGAGGCAGUGUCCAUAUUCUAUCCACAGAAUGAAUGCCUCCAAGCCAGACACUGGAGAUUUUACCAUCGAUAUACCUUGUGGGCUGAUUGUAGGUUCUUCAGUAACUAUUAUAGGCACUCCAGGUAGCCUCUCCGGUAACUUCAGGAUUGAUCUUGUUGGGACAGAAUUGCCAGGGGGAUCUGGGAAACCCAUCGUACUGCACUAUGAUGUUCGUCUAACAAGUGAUGAACUUACUGGAGGUCCAGUCAUAGUGCAGAAUGCCUUCACUGCAAGUAAUGGCUGGGGUUAUGAGGAUAGAUGUCCCUGCAGUAACUGUAAUAAUGCAACUCAAGUGGAUGAUUUGGAGCGAUGUAAUUCCAUGGUGGGUAGAGAAGAGAAGAGAGCUAUAAACUCAAAACAGCACCUGAAUGCCAAGAAAGAUGAACACCCAAGCACAUAUUUUCCAUUUAAGCAGGGACACCUUGCUAUCUCAACUCUUCGGAUAGGGCUAGAAGGGAUUCACAUGACAGUUGAUGGAAAACAUGUUACCUCAUUUCCAUAUAAAGCGGGCUUGGAAGCAUGGUUCGUUACUGAAGUAGGAGUAUCUGGUGAUUUCAAGCUAGUAAGUGCAAUUGCAAGUGGCCUGCCCACAUCAGAAGACCUGGAGAACAGCUUCGAUCUUGCAAUGUUGAAGUCGUCACCUAUUCCAGAGGGAAAAGAUGUGGACCUUUUGAUUGGUAUCUUUUCAACAGCAAACAACUUCAAACGAAGGAUGGCGAUCCGACGGACAUGGAUGCAAUAUGAUGCGGUGCGCGAAGGAGCAGUAGUGGUCCGUUUUUUCGUUGGCCUGCAUACAAACCUCAUUGUAAACAAGGAACUCUGGAAUGAAGCACGCACAUAUGGCGACAUUCAAGUGCUGCCCUUUGUUGAUUACUACAGUCUGAUAACAUGGAAGACACUGGCAAUAUGCAUCUACGGGACUGGUGCUGUAUCAGCGAAAUAUCUGAUGAAAACAGACGAUGAUGCUUUUGUCCGUGUGGACGAGAUACACUCCUCAGUAAAACAACUGAAUGUCAGUCACGGCCUACUUUAUGGUCGUAUCAAUUCUGACUCAGGUCCUCACAGAAAUCCUGAGAGCAAAUGGUACAUAAGCCCAGAGGAAUGGCCUGAAGAGAAAUACCCACCAUGGGCACACGGACCAGGAUAUGUGGUAUCACAAGACAUUGCAAAGGAAAUCAACAGUUGGUAUGAAACAAGUCAUUUGAAGAUGUUCAAACUAGAAGAUGUAGCAAUGGGUAUAUGGAUUGCUGAAAUGAAGAAGGGUGGGUUACCUGUCCAAUACAAAACAGAUGAAAGAAUUAACAGUGAUGGCUGCAAUGAUGGGUGCAUCGUUGCUCACUACCAAGAACCAAGGCACAUGCUAUGCAUGUGGGAGAAACUCCUAAGGACAAAUCAAGCAACGUGCUGCAACUAA